AUGCUUUCCCUCCUCCGCACCAACACCUUCGCCGCGGCCGCUGCGCGCCGCACAUUCUCAACGUCCCAGGCGCGCGCAGACGUUGCCCGCAUCACGCUCGUCGGCCGCCUCGCUACCGAGCCCGAGAUUGCACAGCUGUCCGACGGCAGAGAGGUCAUGCGCUAUGUUAUCGGCGUGUCCAAGGGCACAAAGGGUGUGUCGUGGUUCAGGGUUGCGAAUUUCGAUCUGGAGGGCCGCGGAGGGAAGGAGUAUUUGGCGUCUAUGCCAAAGGGAACUCAGGUUUUCUUUGAGGGCGAUAUUAACUUGUCUGUUCGCGAGCUUGAGGACGGGAAGAAGUUCACGGAGCACAAUAUCUACCAGCACUCCAUCAAGGCCCUCAGGCGACCAAAGGAGCGCACCGCCGAGGAGGCGGCGGAGGAGUAG